UUUAAAAAAGUGUUGAAACGUUGGUAACGUAGAUGAUUUCAACGUAAGUAUCGAUCAAACUUUAUUGGUAGAUGGUUUCGUUUGAGUUUACAAUUGUGGCAGGUGGCAAAUUCCUAAAUUAAUUAGAGGAACCUCGUGAUUUUUUCGUUUGCCUUUUACAAUGGAUAGUGUGCGAAAAGAAUUGACAAAAAGAAUCAUAAGCGAAUGUAAAGUGAAAGAGAUAUCAGUAACCAAGGACUUGGCUUCGUUUCUGCUUUCUUUAUAUCAAUUAAAUCCAGCGUAUCGAAUAAAAGAAAACGACGAGGGAAGUAAUAUGAAAGUGGUUCAAGUCAUAACAGAGAGGCUGUGCGAUCAGAGCAAACCUAGUCUUGCAACUUUGAAAAAUCAGUUGUACUUCGCUAAGCAUUAUCAUGACAGAGAUGAAAUUGUCAAAAAGCAUCGGUUACGGUUGCAUCAAAAAACCGGACCUCUGGUCGCCGAAAUUUGUGAAACUAACAAAUUGGAGACUGGGAAGGAUACGGAGAAAUUGUAUCAAAAAAUAUUAGUAGUGAUAACACUUCUGAGUGGUCUGGGAAGUCCUACAAUCUCAUCAAUUUUGAGGGAAGUUUCAGUGGCGUUGCAGAGCGUUUUCCAAGCUUCCGAACUAGCUCACUAUAUAACUUUGCCAAAACGAGAGAAAAAGGAGCAAUUGAUGGAGUUAAUGUGUCUAGUUGCCGGAAUUCGUUUAUUUAACAGAGACUGUCAACGUGGUGGCGAGGGAAUUGACGAUUUACCGAGCAUCUUACAAGAAGCCAUAACGAAAACUCGUAAUUCUAUCCUCGAGUUGUUAGAACCUCUAAUGGCCAAGAUAUAUAAGUUUACGGCCAUCGUGGAAAAUGCAAUCACGAUUGACUCAGCUUCAAAAAUUGUAUGUUGCGGCUCGAAAGAAGCGGAAUCUGACGCAGGAGAAAAGAUCGAGUGGGCUAUCGAAAUGUUAACGGCUAGUCGUCAGCAAGAGAUCUAUAUCAGAAAGUUGCUGAGUGAUGUGAAGCGUAGCGAGAACGCGGUGAAGAACUUGAUGGAACGUCUUCAAGCACGAUUCUUUAAACUGCAUGACACUGUUCGAUAUAGAACGGCUAUUCCAACUACUCAAGUCUAUCCGCAAUUUAUUGAUCUGGCGGAUAUAUGGAUGAGUUUACAAGAUGAAGUGAUCAUUUUGAGUAGCAUUAAUAAUUUCCUGUGGGAAUUACAAAGUUUGAGUAAUAAGGCUGUGAAUACUUACGAUCAAACAAAAUUAGAAGAUAUAGUAGAGAAUAUAGACAUUUUAACCGAUGCUGAGAGAUUGGAACGUUCCAUGGGCAAUUUAAUAACAGAAUGUGGAGAAUGCCUGAUAUAUUAUCCAAAUGUUACCAAAGACUUCGAGAAGAUUAAUUUAGAAUUUCUAGGAUUUUGUGCAUGGACAUUUGCAACGGGUAAAGGAGCUCUAAUACCAGGAAAUCCAAACAACGGUGUAGCAAAAUGGCGAGCAAAAUAUUAUGCUUUUAAAUCACCCGAAUCAGCUGCUAAGUUUGGAGAAAAUCCCGACAGAUAUGUUUAUGAAGCACUCAAUUUUGUUCGCAAUCAUCCGGAAUAUAUUCAUUUAUUCCAAUUACAUGAAGAAAUUGAAGCCAUGCAAAAUCAAGAAGAAUUAACGGAAAAGGGAUUGCGGUUGAAAAUUCGUCAUGAUCAGAAGGUUCAAACGGACGUUCAUAUACUUCCACCUUAUAUUGAUAAAGAUUAUACCUCCAGUAUCUGGGAGCUGAAACGAAGAGCAUUACGCUUAGCAAACAUAAGUCGGUGCGCUACGCGUAGCACACAAACGUUCAACUCGCACUUUCGAUAUGGUAUUUACGUGCAAGCAGCUCCGCCUCAGGAUAAGGAAGUUCAAACAAAAAGAGAUAACUAUACAAAUACAAAGAAACUCAAGACAUUCAUGUUUGGGUUACGAGGUAGACGGGAUGAUAACCAGCAUGUUAUAUCAUUCUUAGAUGAGCUUGAACAUUCAUAAAAUUUAAAUCACCUAAGACACUCAAGUAAAUAUUGUAUACAAACAAAUAAACAUUACAUUAUAUGAGAUGGAAUAAAUAAAAAGUAGCCAUAUUAACAGUUAUAUACUUACAUCGUAAAUAAUCGAUCAUGUACAUGAAUACAUAUACUCGGUAUAUUAAAGGAUAUAUGUAUGUAUAUAUAUGUAUAUAUUUUGUAAUCAUGUUUAAAAGCGUUAGGAAAUAAUUAAAAUAAAUUACACAAGACGCAGUUUAAAAAAAAAUGAAAGCAAUACUUUUUAAUGACACUUCCAAAUACAUUUCAUUACAGUUUGAAGAAUUUUUGUCAUAGAGAUUAUAGUUUAAAUAAUUUUUUUUGCUUUGAAAGAAUUUAGUUGGUAUCCUAAUUUAUCAUUUCAUCCAUAUAGCAUUUUAUGCAUGUAGUGCUUUCGUUAUCAUCAACUGCAAUGAUAUUCGUGUGGCUUUCCUCGUGACUUAGGCCAGCAUUUCUUUUUAAUUUAUAUUCAAAAUACACGAAUUUUACAUAUGUCGAAGCUCAGAUAGAUGUAUGCGAUUAA